AUGAGGGAGGUGGUAGUGGGGUUUCCAGAGGGUGCUGGUGGGACAGAGUCAGCGGAACAUAGGAGUUGGACUCGGGAGGUGUGGGCGUCUGAUAUACCAAGAGGGGUGACGCCAGAUGCUAAGGGUACUACUGGACGAGCUGGGCAUGCGAUGCGGCACCUUGGUGUAGAGGAGGGGUGCCCUGGCGAUGCAAGGGGCUCCUUGACGCUGUUGUGGAGCGCCCUGCCGGGCACUGGUACUUUGGCGACCUAG